CUCCAUGGACAAAUGCAUCUCAAACACACCACCUGAAUUAACAAGCAGGUAUAUAUAAGCUACUAGCUAAUUAAGAAGGGCAUUAGAAUGGCUUCGUCUUCCUUCCUGCUCCUCGCCACUCUUCUUGCCAUGGCCUCAUGGCAAGGCAUGGCUUCGGAUCCCAGCCCUCUGCAGGACUUCUGCGUUGCCGACAUGCACUCACCUGUGCUUGUCAAUGGAUUUGCUUGCCUGAACCCAAAGGACGUGAACGCGGAUCACUUCUUCAAGGCAGCAAUGUUGGACACUCCUCGGAAGACGAACAAAGUUGGGUCUAACGUCACACUGAUCAACGUCAUGCAGAUCCCUGGCCUCAACACACUCGGCAUCUCAAUUGCACGUAUUGACUAUGCACCGUUAGGUCAAAACCCUCCCCACACUCAUCCUCGUGCCACCGAAAUCCUCACGGUGCUUGAAGGAACACUCUAUGUCGGCUUCGUCACGUCUAACCCAGAUAACAAGUUUUUCUCCAAAGUGCUCAAUAAGGGUGAUGUGUUCGUAUUCCCUGUGGGGCUCAUCCACUUCCAAUUUAACCCUAACCCCUACAAGCCCGCGGUCGCAAUUGCCGCACUUAGCAGCCAGAACCCUGGUGCCAUCACCAUUGCAAAUGCGGUGUUUGGGUCGAAGCCACCAAUCUCCGAUGAUGUUUUGGCCAAGGCAUUCCAGGUCGAAAAGGGGACAAUAGAUUGGCUCCAAGCCCAGUUCUGGGAGAACAACCAUUACUGAUCAUCUUACUGAUUGCAUUUAAGAAAAAGUUAUGUGCAGUUACAGAGAUCCUGCAUAAUUAACUUUAUAUACUACAAUAAAAUGACUUCUAUUUCGUGUACCACUACUAGCUAUAUUCUGUGAUGUAAUUCCAAUACAUGUGUAUGGUUUUCCUGUUUAAUUAAUGAAAUACAGUGUUCUUUGUGACAAAAAAAAA